UCCCGCGCGGGCGCCCGCCGAGGGGGGCGGGCCUGGCAGGGCAUUGCUAAGCGACCGAGAUGCGCGCGGGUUCAGCCCAGUGAAGGAGCGGAGCUGGCGGAAGCGCCCAGGUGGCUGCGGGAUGGACCGCAGUCUGCCAGUUUUCUCCAUCCCAGACAGCCCCUUUGAGGAUGCUCCCCUGGAUCACAGCAGCUACUUGCCAUCCCGGACCCAGACUUGGCACCCCAAGACCCUAAGCCCAUCCAGGUCCCAGAGGUCCAGGCCCCCAGAAGCUCCCAAGGCUCUGGCCACAGGUCCCAACUCCUCUGAGCUGUUUGGAGAAUCCUGGCCGUCCAGCUCAGGGAUCCCUUCCCCACCCAGCACCACUGAAGGACAGGUGGGAGCCUCCCCACCACCCACCCUGGUUGACAGUGGCGAGUCCGUGGUGGCCAAGUACAUAAACCGGUUUCGCCAGGCUCAGCCUACAAGCCGAGAGGAACGCCAGCCCGCAGGCCCAACCGCAGCUGACUUUUGGUGGCUCCGGCCUGAAUCUCCAGACCCCAGCAGUCAGCUUGCAGCAGGAGCCAGUGAACCAGAAGGAAGACCCAACACAGCAGUCCCAACUCUUGCCAAGGUGGUCAGCGCCUCUCGGGCUAAGGCUGUGGCCCCCCUUCAGGAAAUGAAGCAGAGCCUCAACACAUGGAACUCAUCCCUGCUGGACCUGGAGACACUGAGCCUGCAGAGCAGAGCUGCCAGGCUGCUCAAGCGCAGCAAGGCCUCCAUAUCCUCUUCCUCCUCACUCAGCCCUAACGAUGCCAGCAGCUCCUCCUUCCCCAUCAGCUCUGAUGGCCUCUCUCCCUUCUCCAUGACCUUCACCCCUGACCCCAGCAAGGGCUCUGACCCCAAGGCACAGGGCAGAAACGAGGGCCAUGCAGGAGAGGAUCAUGAUGCUGGGAAGUCAGAGAAGACCUUCUUGGAAGAGGUGCUGUCUAAGUGGAGACUUGACGAUGAAGCAACACCAGCACCUGCCUACAUCCCUGCUUCGGGCCCCAUCUCCUCUCAGGCACCCCUGCGUCCAGAGGAUGACAUUCUAUACCAGUGGCGGCAGCGGAGGAAGCUUGAACGGGCUCGAGGAGGGCAGGGUGAUGGAACCUGGGUGCUACCCCGGACUCCUGCCCCCACCACUCCAGGCCCCGCCCCCGUUUCUCUACAGGCUCCUCUUGCCCCUGCAGAGACCCUUAGUUCCUUGGGAACCCAGCCUAACUGCAUCCCACUUUGGGCCAGUGUGGCCCGACCUGGUCCCCUGGAGGCCUUUUAUAUGGAGAGGCCUCCUAUCCCCCCUGGGUUCUCUCCACAUAUCUUUUGGGGUCCCAGCCCCCAGGGGUUCUUCUGGGCUCCGCAGUCUGGUCUCUGGGUACCUCUUGGGGCCAUGCCUCCCACGCCCUCCAGCCCUGCGCCUCCGGGCCCCGCCCCCGUGGCCCCCGCUCCCGCUCCCCCGGCCCCAGCACCUGCAGCCUGCACCCUCCCACCCCCAGGCCCCCAGGACCCGCCCACUCCUGCGCCCAGCUGCCCGGCCCAGCCCCAGAGGCAGGGCCCCAAGCCUCGGAGUAGCAGGGCCCCGCGCCAGGAGUCCGCUGGGACGGUCACGGCCGCUGACGAGGGGCCUGGCCCGCAGCUCAGAGGCGCCCUGGGCCAAAUAGUGUCCGCUCGGCUCUUCCCGGACGCCUUGGAGGACACGCCCCCUCACCCCGGGGGCCCACCUCUGCCCCAGGCCGAACCUCUGAAAGUCAAGGCCACACCCCCCCAAACCAAGGUUACGCCACCUGGCUCAGAGGUCACGCCCCCUCAGUCUGGAUCGCGAUUUCCCAAGGCGCAGACUCCGCCUCGUCGCUCCAAAGCCGAGGCUCGGAGAGCCAAGGCCACGCUCCCCCUAGAGGCGUGGGAGCCUGGGAAGGACGGAGACGCCCCCUUGGCCGCCCCUGGGAACCUGCCGCCCCAGGCCCCGCCCCCUCCAGCCGAGGAGGCGGCUGCUUCUCUCGAGGCCCCGCCUACUUCCUUCGGGGCGGGGCCUCCCGGGGCGGUGGCCACGCCCCCGCCCGCUGCGGGGCCCGCCCCCUCCGCAGAUCUGCUCGGCCUGGCGGCCCGACUUCUGGAGGCUGCAGAAGAGUCCGACGGCAGCGAGUUCCAGGACGACCCUGUACUUCAGCUGCUAAGAGUUCAGAGGGCCGAGCUGAGACGGCAGAAAAGGAAAGUGGACGCGCAACUGUCCCUCCUACUGGAGCACACUGAAAACCCAGGGACUUGGUCUCCUCCCACCGGGUCGCCCCCCAGGUCCCCAGGAAGGCGGCUGCGGAGGGAAGGAGCUCCUCCCGAGACCAGAAGACGUUGACUUGUACAAAUUGUAUUUUUCCCAAUAAAAUAUU